UGUCAAGAGGUAAAGUGUUAUCAUGAUUGUUUGAGCUCCGUGAUGAACUUAGAGUUUUCUUUAUGGAAGGGGACUAUGAUGGAAAACUUGCAAGUUCCUACUUAGAAUUGGUGACCGAUGAAAACUGGUUGAAACGAUUGGCGUAUUUGGCGGAUAUUUUUGGUGCCCUCAACGUUUUUAAUUUAACUCUGCAAGGCAAAGACAUUCACAAGUUUUUUGUGCAAGACAAAGUUAAUGCAAUGAUAAUCAAGCUUCAACGAUGGGCUCUAAAAGUAGAACAAGAUUCCUUCGAUGCAUUUCCAGUCUUACAUGAUUUUCUUGAAAGUAACGAAGUUAAAAUUGAUAAAGCAACAGCUACAACUAUACAAGAUCACCUUAAAUCUUUAGCUUCCAACCACAGAAACUACUUCCCUAAAAUUGAAGAGGAAAUCCAAUGGAUCAGAAAUCCUUUUGAAGAAGAUUACUUGAAAAAAUUGAAAAUAUCCGCAAGUGAAGAAGAUUCGUUGAUUGAAAUGUCAUGUGAUCAGACUUUAAAAUCGUACACAAUUAGUGUCAUUCUGGUUAAAUAUUCGGAAAGACUAUCCAGCAAUCGCUAAAAUUACACUGAGAAACUUGAUGGGUUUUUCGACAACUUAUCUAUGCGAACGUGCUUUUUCUACUUUAAUUUAUUUAAAA